CUCUACAUUUGGGCAAUUGGAAUCUUAGCCUCCGGUCAGAGUUCUACAAUGACUGGAACUUACGCAGGACAAUUUGCUAUGGAAGGUUUUUUGAAUUUGAAGUGGUCCCGUUGGCGGCGUAUACUGAUGACUCGAUCUAUUGCAAUUUGCCCAACAUUAGUUAUUGCUGUUUUUAGUGGUAUUGAUAAUCUUACUGGCAUGAAUGAUGUUCUUAAUGUCGUUAUGAGUUUACAGCUUCCAUUUGCUUUGAUUCCUGUGUUAACGUUUACUAGUAUGGGCAGCUUAAUGCAGGACUUCCAAAAUGGCAUAUUAAACAAGAUUGUGUGCGGUACUCUGGCAGUGGCUGUGAUAGCAAUAAACAUGUUCUUUGUUUUUACCUAUUUGCCUGAGUUACCGAAAAACUGGGCCUUAUAUAUUUUCUUGGGAAUAAUUUUAGUUUUAUAUCUUGUUUACAUUGCUUACUUGGCAUCAAUUUGUCUUGUGGCUCUUGGUGUACCGUAUGCCGAUCGAAUACCUUGGGUUAAAAAAUCGACACCAUAUGGACUGGAGUCAAGAUAUGUAGCUGGAAGUGAGGGUGUUGACAUGACGAUAACAAAAUGAGGCCAAUAUAAUUAUGCCUGGUUAAAAAAUAAUUAAUUUGCACUUUAACAUGUCACCAAAGUUUAUGUGAAAAUUAAAUCUACAAAGAAAAUAUAUAUAAGAUCUAUUCCAAUAUAUAAUACAGAGUUGUAAGUGAGCUCAGUGUGUAAGAGUACUGUACAGUAUGUUGGUGUGAUCAUGUUAGGUUGCUUGAUAAACUAACUAAAUCACUGGUUGUAAGUUUCCAUGAAAGGGCUAAUAUGCUUAUUUGUUGCUCAAACAGUGUUUUGAGGCAUCAUUGUACAGCCUAGCCUGACACGUCAGGUUUGUGUGAGACAAUCACAGAUGCAAUAGGUUGGCUGCUUCGAGUUUGCCUUAAGGCAUAGAGCAUUGUGGGGGCUUAGCUUGUGACACUUCCAGUGUUUUUUCUGAUGAACUUAAGAGGCUGGUGGGUCUGAACCUUAGUCUGUCACCGUAUAUCGUAGGUGUCGUGGGUCUGUCCAAAUAAGGAACUCUCAGUUAAUUGAGUAUCAGUCUUAGGUAAUAUGAUGUGGGGCUGAUGCAUAAUUUCUGAAGCAUUGUGAGUCAGGUGCAUUGUUGGCCUGAUGUAUUUGAAUGUGGCGAAGGAUUGUAGAUUUGAAAAAGUAUCACUAUCUCUGUACUUCUAAUUCAGAAGUAAAGCGAUAGUAAUACUUGUACUGUGUGCUUUUGAUGCAGAAUUCUAAUGAUUACAAUUCUGAGACCAUGGUAUCAUGUUUCAUAAUUAAUUCUAUACUAGUUACUAACUAUUGAACACUGAAAACAGUAGUUUACCAGCAUAUAAAGAUAUGCCUUAUGCAGAAGUAAAGAUUGUGAUACUUGUACUGUGUACUUCUGAUGCAGAAUCCUAAUGAUUAGAAUUCUGAAACCAUGGUAUCAUGCUUAUAAGAAUUUCUGUACCAGUUAUCCACUAUUAAACAGUAAUUUACGGCAUUUAAAGAUAUGCCCUCUGGUUUGUAUUUAUACUUUGCUUUGCUUACUUAAAUUACUUACAAUUUGUGACUGGUACCUUUUAUUACUAUUUAAGUUAUACUAUAUGCUACAGAUACAUUCAUGAUAAGUUAUUUUUUAAUUGUGCUAAUAUUUCCACCUUAAGGCCUUCUAUUUACUAAUGACUAAGAGAUGAUCAAAAAGGGGAACACUGUCCUGUAAAUGUGAUUUAUUUGUCUAAUUUGAGUUUCUAUUUUAUGUUUUAUCACAUUCUCACCAUAUUCUUUUUUUUUUAUCGCUUGUCAUUUUGUAUUUAUGUUAAUUAAUUAAUUUUAAUAUUAAUAGGUUUGUUGAAGGAUCUCUUCUGUGUUGAAUUACAGUAUUGCAUUUUUUAUCAGAUUUAUGUAAAGGCAACUUUAAGAAUGUGAAGAUAAUAACUUUUCUAAAACUCUCAAAAUCUGUUGGAAGAAAACAAUGCAAAAAACAAAACCUGUAUAUGAUUUACACCAAAUUAUCUCAAAAAUUUACCAACUUUUAGUGGAACUGUAGCUUAGUCGUCAACAUGCUUGCCUUCCUGUACUAUAGGGAUCAAUUCAAUUGGAAUAUUACUUAGACUAAAAGCAACUUUACACUCAAAAGAUCAUGAGACAUUUUAUAUAUCAGGUUUAUAUUAGAUUUUGAAAAGUUUUUGUGAGUUUAAUAUUUAUUUCUGUUGGUAUUUUACGGUUUUUAAAAACGAUUUGAGAAAUUUAUUUUCUUUAAAUUAAUUGAGGUGAAAUUAUUAUGGUAGUAAGUUCUGUAACUAAUAUUCUAGGGCACAUUUAUGUGGAAUGUGGUGGUAAUAUAUUUAUUAUUACCAACUGUAUGAAUUGAAGCACUGACAGGCUAUUGUAUUUAAUUAUGUUGUUCUUCAUGCCACUGUUGAUAGUACUGUAGUUGAAAUACAUUGUUGCUAUGAUCACUUACGUUCUGUUAAACGGUGAUUAAUUUCAAACCUGGCAAAGUGGAAAGUGUUAAUAAGAAGAUUAAUUGUUAUAAUGGGGUACACCUGUAUAAUUAUGCUAAUUUUAUAUUUGCAUCAAUUUGACUAAAUUGUUUCCAGGAAACAUAAACAUAGGAACAAAGUGGUGGAUUGGGAGGUUUUACUUUUUGUAAAGUGCAGAGGGCAAUUUUAUUAAUAAUAAUCAGUAUUGUUAUUUUUAUGAUUUAUGGUUUCAUCAUAUGCAAUGAUUUAUGAAAUUAUUUAUGUUUAUUACCUGUAGGUGAUUAUGUAUCAGCUGUACUUAAACUUAUAUUUAGACUCAAUUUGCACUCUUCACACUCAAUCUAAAAGUUUGUGCUUAUGUGAUAUUGGUUUAUUUUUAGUCUUUUUAUUAGAGGUUGAACUAUAUUGUUGCAGGUGGAAUGCCGAGUACCAGAACCCAAACUACCGGUUGGACUCGUAAACAGCAUUAAGCAAACUGCACUGAAAAGAACCCUGAAAACUCAGCCUUUGUUAUUCUACUGUUUAACAAGGAAUAAAGAAUGAGCCUUUCUUCUAAGCCGUCCAUUUGAUAUUUUGGCUAAUUCCACAAAAAAACCGUCUAAACGUACACAAACAUAUGCAUUUGUGGGACAAAAUGAUUUGUUCUGGCCAUGUUCUGAUUGGUCAGUUGUUAACUGUGGCUAUGACUGGCACUUGAAAGAUAUAUUGGCAACAGUUUACUGGUGAUGAGAAACUGCUAUUAUGUUUACAUUUUGUUUCUGAAACUUCAUGUGCCUUAUAUAUUAUGCAGUCUUAUUCAAUAAGUUUACAGAAGGAAUAAUAUUUGAACUAUAUUUUCAUAAUUUGAUCGAAUUUAAAUAGGCUACAAACAUUCAUAUAG